UGGGGGGGAGGGAAUUCAGCGGAUCAGUGUCUUAGAGGCGCUUUUUUUUUUAAGAGCGAGAAAUCAUAUAAAAUAAAAUGAAAUAAAACAAGGAGGAAGGCAACCAGCUGUUAAAGGGGGGAAAUAAGGCAGAUAAAGGAGCGGGGAGAGAAAUUAAUUGCCAACCAGGAGGAGUUAGGCUGUAUUUUUCAAAGGUGGGGGAAGUGGAGCGCACACCUUGAGGAGGGAAGCGAGAAAGAAAAGAAAAAAGCAAGUGGAAGGGGGGGCUCGCCCAAGAAGGGUGAAGAAGCGAAGAAAGUCGAGGCGCCGAGGCUCCCAAAGCUGGCAGCUCCGGGCGGCGGUGCAGGGGCGAAGGGGGGGCGGGGGGGACCGUCGGACAUGCGGCUCUGGAGUUGGGUGCUGCGCCUGGGGCUGCUGAGCGCCGCGCUGGGCUGCGGGCUGGCCGAGCGCCCCCGCCGGGCCCGGAGAGACCCGCGGGCCGGCCGCCCCCCGCGCCCCGCCGCCGGCCCGGCCACCUGCGCCACCCGGGCGGCCCGCGGCCGCCGCGCCUCGCCGCCGCCGCCGCCGCCGCCGCCGCCGGGCGGUGCCUGGGAAGCCGUGCGCGUCCCCCGGCGGCGGCAGCAGCGGGAGGCGAGGGGCGCCGCCGAGGAGCCGAGCCCGCCGAGCCGGGCGCUCUAUUUCAGCGGGCGAGGCGAGCAGCUGCGCCUCCGGGCCGACCUCGAGCUGCCCCGGGACGCGUUCACGCUGCAAGUGUGGCUGCGAGCGGAGGGGGGCCAGACGUCUCCGGCGGUGAUCACAGGGCUAUAUGACAAAUGUUCUUAUACCUCGCGUGACCGAGGAUGGGUCGUGGGCAUUCACACCGUCAGUGACCAAGGCAACAGAGACCCACGCUACUUUUUCUCCUUGAAGACAGACCGGGCCCGGCAAGUGACCACCAUCAGUGCCCACCGCCACUACCUCCCAGGCCAGUGGGUUUACCUCGCUGCCACCUACGAUGGGCGGCUGAUGAAGCUCUUCGUGAACGGUGCCCAGGUAGCCACCUCUGCGGAGCAGGUGGGCGGCAUAUUCAGCCCGUUGACGCAGAAGUGUAAAGUGCUCACGCUGGGAGGCAGUGCUCUGAACCACAACUACCGGGGCUACAUCGAGCGCUUCAGUCUGUGGAAGGUGGCCAGGACGCAGCAGGAGGUGCUGUCGGACAUGGAAACCCAUGGCCUCCACACUCCUCUACCUCAGCUCCUCCUCCAGGAGAACUGGGACAAUGUGAAGCGCGCCUGGUCCCCCAUGAAGGACGGCAGCAGCCCCCAGGUGGAACUCAGCGGUGCCCACGGCUUCCUGCUGGACACCAGUUUGGAGCCUCCUCUGUGCGGGCAGACCCUGUGUGACAACCCAGAGGUCAUUGCCAGCUACAACCAGCUCCCGCACUUCCGCCGGCCCAAGGUGGUGCGCUACCGCGUGGUCAACCUCCACGACGACAGCCGCGCAAACCCCACGGUGAGCCGCCAGCAGAUCGACUUCCAGCACCGGCAGCUGGCCGAGGCCUUCAAGCACUACAACAUCUCCUGGGAGCUGGAGGUGCUGGAGGUGAACAACUCGUCCCUGCGCCACCGCCUCGUCCUGGCCAACUGUGACAUCGGCAAGAUCGGGGACGAGAACUGCGACCCUGAGUGCAACCACACGCUGACCGGCCACGACGGCGGUGACUGCCGUCACCUGCGCCACCCCGCCUUCAUGAAGAAGCAGCAGAACGGAGUGUGCGACAUGGACUGCAACUAUGAAAGGUUCAACUUCGACGGUGGGGAGUGCUGUGACCCCGAGAUCACCGACGUCACCAAGACGUGCUUCGAUCCCGACUCUCCACACAGAGCAUACUUGGAUGUUAAUGAACUGAAGAACAUUCUCAGACUGGAUGGAUCAACGCACCUCAAUAUCUUCUUUGCAAACUCCUCCGAGGAAGAAUUGGCAGGAGUAGCAACUUGGCCGUGGGACAAGGAGGCCCUAAUGCACUUAGGUGGCAUUGUCUUGAACCCGUCUUUCUAUGGCAUUCCUGGGCACACACACACCAUGAUCCAUGAGAUCGGGCACAGCCUGGGUCUCUAUCACAUCUUCCGAGGCAUCUCAGAAAUCCAGUCUUGCAGUGACCCCUGCAUGGAGACAGAGCCCUCCUUUGAGACCGGAGACCUCUGCAGUGACACCAACCCAGCUCCAAAACACAAGUUCUGUGGCGACCCAGGACCAGGGAAUGACACCUGUGGCUUUCAGAGCUUCUUCAACACUCCUUACAACAACUUCAUGAGCUACGCAGAUGACGACUGCACUGACUCCUUCACGCCCAAUCAAGUCGCCAGAAUGCACUGUUACCUGGACCUGGUGUACCAGAGCUGGCAGCCCUCCAGGAAGCCGGCGCCUGUCGCCCUUGCUCCCCAGAUUGUGGGCCACACGACCGACUCUGUGAUGCUGGAGUGGUUCCCGCCCAUCGAUGGCCACUUCUUUGAAAGAGAAUUGGGAUCAGCAUGUGACCUUUGCCUGGAAGGGAGAAUCCUGGUGCAAUAUGCCUUUAACGCCUCCUCCCCAAUGCCCUGUGGUCCCUCCGGACACUGGAGUCCUCGGGAAGCAGAAGGUCAUCCAGAUGUUGAGCAGCCCUGUAAGUCCAGUGUCCACACCUGGAGCCCAAAUUCAGCUGUCAACCCACACACAGUCCCUCCAGCCUGUCCUGAGCCACAAGGCUGCUACCUAGAACUGGAAUUCCGCUACCCCUUGGUCCCUGAGUCUUUGACCAUCUGGGUGACCUUUGUCUCCACUGACUGGGACUCUAGUGGGGCUGUCAAUGACAUCAAACUGUUGACUGUCGGUGGGAAGAACAUCUCUCUGGGCCCUCAGAAUGUCUUCUGUGAUGUCCCACUGACUAUCAAACUCCGGGGUGUGGACGAGGAUGUGUACGGUAUCCAGAUCUACACACUGGAUGAGCACCUAGAGAUUGAUGCAGCCAUGCUGACCUCCGUCGCAGAUAGCCUGCUCUGCCUAGAGUGUGAGCCGCUGAAAUACAAGGUGGUCCGCGACCCUCCUCUUCAUGUGGAUGUGGCCUCCAUCCUACACUUCAAUAGAAGAUUCACGGACAUGGAUCUGAACCUUGGCAGUGUAUACCAGUACCGGGUCAUCACCAUUUCGGGAAGUGAAGAGAGUGAGCCAUCGCCCGCUGCUGUGUACAUCCAUGGAAGUGGGUACUGUGGUGAUGGCAUUAUCCAGAAAAGCCAAGGUGAAGCAUGUGAUGACAUGAAUAAGAUCAAUGGCGACGGCUGCUCCCUUUUCUGCCAACAGGAGGUUUCCUUCAAUUGUAUUGAUGAACCCAGCCGUUGCUAUUUCCAUGAUGGUGAUGGGGUAUGUGAAGAAUUUGAACAAAAAACUAGCAUCAAGGACUGUGGAGUGUACACGCCACAGGGGUUCCUGGACCAGUGGGCAUCCAAUGCUUCCGUAUCCCAUCAGAACCAGCAGUGCCCAGGCUGGGUCAUCAUCGGCCAGCCAGCCGCAUCCCAGGUGUGUCGAACCAAGGUGAUAGAUCUCAGUGAAGGCAUUUCCCAGCACGCCUGGUACCCCUGCAUGAUCAACUAUCCAUACUCGCAGGUGACUCAGACCACAUUCUGGCUCCGGGCGUACUUUUCUCAGCCAAUGGUUGCGACAGCAGUCAUUGUCCACCUGGUGACUGAUGGGACCUAUUAUGGGGACCAAAAGCAGGAGACCAUCAGCGUCCAGCUGCUCGAUACCAAAGAUCAGAGCCACGAUCUAGGCCUCCAUGUCCUGAGCUGCAGAAACAAUCCACUGAUUAUCCCCGUGCUCCAUGACCUCAGCCAGCCCUUCUACCACAGCCAGGCGGUGCGUGUGAGCUUCAGUUCACCCCUGGUUGCCAUCUCGGGGGUGGCCCUUCGCUCCUUCGACAACUUUGACCCCGUCACCCUGAGCAGCUGCCAGAGAGGGGAGACCUACAGCCCUGCUGAGAAGAGCUGUGUGCACUUCGCAUGUGAAGCCACCGAUUGCCCAGAGCUGGCUGUGGAGAACGCUUCUCUCAACUGCUCUAGCAGUGACCGCUACCACGGUGCCCAGUGUACCGUGCGCUGCCAGAUGGGCUAUGUGCUCCAGAUACAGUGGGACGACGAGCUGAUCAAGAGCCAGACGGGACCCAGUGUCACAGUGACCUGCACCGAGGGCAAAUGGAACAAGCAGGUGGCAUGUGAGCCCGUGGACUGCGGCAUCCCGGACCAGCACCACGUCUACGCUGCCUCCUUCUCCUGCCUCGAGGGCACCACCUUCGGCAGCAAGUGCUCCUUCCAGUGCCGUCACCCUGCGCAGCUGAAAGGUAACAACAGCCUCCUGACAUGUAUGGAGGACGGGCUGUGGUCCUUCCCGGAGGCCCUGUGCGAGCUCAUGUGCCUGGCCCCGCCUCCGGUGCCCAACGCAGACCUCCAGACGGCCCGGUGCCGAGAGAACAAGCACAAGGUGGGCUCCUUCUGCAAGUACAAGUGCAAACCUGGAUACCACGUGCCUGGGUCCCCUCGGAAGUCAAAGAAACGGGCAUUCAAGACUCAGUGCACCCAGGACGGCAGCUGGCAGGAGGGAGCUUGUGUUCCUGUGACUUGCGACCCACCUCCACCAAAAUUCCACGGGCUCUACCAGUGCACCAACGGCUUCCAGUUCAACAGCGAGUGUAGGAUCAAGUGUGAAGACAGCGAUGCUGCCCAGGGACGUGGGAGCAAUGUCAUCCACUGCCGGAAAGAUGGCACCUGGAGUGGCUCCUUCCACCUCUGCCAGGAGAUGCAAGGCCAGUGCUCGGCCCCGGACCCGCUCAGCAGCAACCUCAAGCUGCAGUGCCCUGAAGGCUAUGCCAUAGGGUCGGAGUGUGCCACCUCGUGCCUGGACCACAACAGCGAGUCCAUCAUCCUGCCAGUGAACGUGACGGUACAGGACAUCCCCCACUGGCUGAACCCCACGCGGGUGGAGAGAGUUGUCUGCACGGCUGGUCUCAAGUGGUACCCUCACCCUGCUCUGAUCCACUGUGUCAAAGGCUGUGAGCCCUUCAUGGGAGACAAUUACUGUGAUGCCAUCAACAACCGAGCCUUCUGCAACUACGAUGGUGGAGACUGCUGCGCCUCUACAGUGAAGACUAAAAAGGUCACUCCCUUCCCUAUGUCCUGUGACCUACAAGGUGACUGUGCUUGUCGGGACCCCCAGGCCCAAGAACACAGCCGGAAAGACCUCCGGGGCUACAGCCAUGGCUAAGGAAGGACAAGGAGUUGUCAAAGAAUUCCCAGUGCCAGGACCCGCAUCCCUUUGGUAUUGAUUUUACAGUCAGCUGCUCAACGGAAUGGCCUCUCCACACCAGGGGUCCUUAGCACCCAACCGGUCUGCCUUUAAUUUCACCCAGGAAGGACUCAUGAUGGGGGGGUGCGUGAAACAAGUCUUGCCAUGUUGAAUGAUAGAAUGGAAUCCCAUCCCAAAGUCUUAGAGGGACUGCAUAUACAGCAUGCAGUCCCGGAGCCUCCUUAAAAUCCAACCAUUCGUCCCACGACCACAGCAAGAACCACAUUUUGUCUGUAGGAGUGUGCACAUUUGCGGUCGGUACACAUACACACAUGCACGCACACCCAUGCAAAACACCUGUGCGAGGGCAGUUUGGGAGACUGAGCAGAGAGAGGCUAGAACAGACUCACUCUUCCCUUUCCCAAGAUCCUAGCCAACACUGUACUUGGGAGAAAGAGAGUUGCAGAAACCGCUAAGACCAAGUGUUGAGAUGCCAAGAUAACUCACACUCGGAGGCUUGGAAUAUGGAAGACAUGAAAUUGUACCGCCCUUUGGGAUUGGAAAUGAGAUGGUUUCUGAUCACCUACCUUCUAGGGAAGUAGGACCCAGGAAGAGGUAAAGAAACCAAGAUAUGCAAAGCCCCCCACCAGAUUCCUCUGCUUGCCAUGGAGGGAUUUUACCAGCUUCAGGGUUUGAGGCCAAGCUGGAGAUGGUUUAAGAUUGCAAUGUCAAGGUAUUACAACAGCCCCCUGCUUGAGGCUUGAGGCCAUAAUAUCCCUCCAGAACUCACCCACUUCCCAAAUCUUGCCUUGGGACCACACUUGCUGCUACUAUUCCUGCUGCUCUAUCCUAGACAUUGAGUCCCCCAAAGUGGUAGGACUAGGUUAGGAAAAACCCCACACAACCAAACAGUCUGCCUUAAAGGUGAACCGUAGUUUCCCACUGCUCCUCACUUCUUGGCCCUCCUGCAAGAGAAAAACCCUCACUGGCCCACAUGGUGAAAAGUUAAGUCCUCCAUGGGUGGGCUGCUCAUCAGAGAAGGGAGCUGAGGGCCUUGGAUGCCGGACCUCCUCACUGAGAGUCCAGAAGGUCUUAGCCAGUGUUAGAUUUUAUAAUCACGUGGAACAGUGUUAAGUUUCUGCGGUGUUAGAGCCGUCCAGAAGCUGCUGGAAUUGUAGGGACCAGAGCUGUUAUCCUUACCCAGGCCUUCUAGGCCCUCGUGGAGAGAGCGGGCUUUGGUCCUGAGACCUCACUGCUGCCCUGAGUAGCUAUAACUCUGGAAGAGAGAAUAAUCUUGGAUACGAUCAGUCUAGACUGUGUUCUAGUGGGCCAUCAGCAGGAAGCUGAAGGGUUCCCAGCCUCGGGCCCCAGUUACCGACAGGGCCAUCACGUUUUCCACGCAGUUUACCAGCUACCAGUAGCCCCUCCACACCUGUGGCUAGGCGGCCCUUCCCUCUCGCCCAGGUUCAGCAUCGAAAAGUUAAGAGGAAAUUAGUCAAAUGCACAUGGAAGCCCCCACCUCUUUGGGGUCCUCUUUUCAGACAGUUAUCUGUCCACUCCUUUUGGAUUAAAAUGGAAAGAGAUUAAUACAGAAUGGAAAUGGAAAAUGGAGAGAACGGUUAAGUUUGACAAUUUCUGAGACCUGGAACUCAGGAACUGAGGCCACAGGAGGGUCUAGAUGUUUAGCAUAAAGAUUGCUGUAAAGCAAGUCAUCCCAAAGACAACCAAAAAAAGACAAAAAAACAGAGUCUAUUAGAAGAAUAGAAAAUCCCAGGCAUGUGCACUGAGCCUCCUCAUUCCUGCAGCCAAGGCAGGCGUUGUGGAUCAGGCACAGCCCUUUUUCCUAAGAGGACCAAAAAUAACUUCAGAAACCUUACUCUGUCACUCCCCACAGCAAUCACCUGCUGAUCAAGAACACCUGAGAAGACAUCAAUUAGCCAUCUGUGGUCUGUUAUAUUAAAGAUAUCAAGGUGCUUUUUGCAUAGGGGCCCACAAAUAAGGAGGCGGUGCUUAGUUUCGUGUGGCUUGCAUCACAUUAAAAACUCUGAGAUGAGGUUUCAGAAUGGAGAGGCUGACACCAUUGUUAAGGUCAGGCACAAACCCUUUUAUGUUUCCUCCUUAAAAAACCCCUGUCUCAUUUAUAUUCAGAACGUUUUUCUUCUGUAAUCACCAGGGCCAAUCUUUAGCAAAAUAAUAAUGGAAGAACUGAUUGCAUCUCGUACCCCUCCCCAGCAUGGUAGAAUUCAUGCUGAUUCUUAAAGCCCCUCCAUUGCCCUAGCUGAAUCGUCAACCUGUGCAGUUGGCUUAGAAGAUACAAACUAACAAAGGGAGCAGCUUCAGCCCUUCCAGUUCCUUUAGCAUGCCAAUUAGUAGUGCAGAAAACCUGGGAGACCCAAAGAUGAUAUUAGUAGUGGUAGGGAUGCAGGAACCACAGAACUUACCCAGCUUCCCUUAAGUGGACCCUCCUCAUCUAUUCACCCUUCACUCCGAUCCUCAUCUAUCCACACACUCUCCAGCUGAGCAGCGUCCAGAAAGUCUGACUUCUAUCUUCAGACCCACAGAUUGAGUUGAGCAAAGAUCUGCCCAGGCUCCUUCUUACCAUCAUUAUUCAAACCUGUUACAAAUUCAUAUUUGCCAAGGAUAUUAGGCAAGAAAGAGUGUGUGAUGGAUGGCUGGCCUCAUGCCCACAAGCAUAGCAUAAUUAAUUGGCCCUUCUGAACACGUUGUGAAGGAGGGUCACUUUUAUUCAUGCAGUGCACUGAUUCCCCGUUUGUCUUUCUGGGAAUAAGCCCAUUCUCUUAUCCCUGCAAUCAGCUCCUGUUUAGGAUAACAGAGUCCUCACAGGGAGGCAGUUCUGAGCACUAUUGUCUAUCAGCAGCUCAGGGCCCCAAAAGCACCUGGGGGUUCUGGGUCUGAAGAAGUAUUAGCCUGUUAGCAGCAAGAAAGAGAAGAUGUGGUGGUGGCCAGUCCUCUGAGCCCUAUCUUGGGAAGCCUUUCCAAGCCACAGCCCUAACUGCAUUUCCAGAGGACCUGCAUUACCCCUAGAUUCUGUGCCAACCACCUCCUAAGGGAAAACAGUCCUCGGGAAGUCCAUUCUGGUGGCCGAAUCGGGGAGCUAAGGAGGGGCAAGGUCAAUGGUUGUAACUAGUAGGGCUUUGAGGGUGGAGUGUCUCGGCUGCUGCUCCAGGCUUCUGCAUGUUGAGUCACCGCCUAGACAGUCCCCUCGGUCUCAUUCCCACCUUGGCCAGGGCUUAAAUGCUGUGUGUUGAAAAAUACUUCUUUGAGACAGACGUCAGCUACGUCCCUUCCAGGUUUGAUUGAACUUGGUUGUAAGUGUCCAUUUGUUAUAGGUCUUACCUGUGUUUAAAAAAGGAGAGAGAGAGAGAAAGAAAGGAAAGAGGAAAGAAAGGAAACCAUAAAUUCAAGUUAACAGUUUUGAGAGAGAGAGAGAGAGAGUGUGUGUGUGUGUCUGGAACUACAAGUGGGAAAAUAAAAAGAAGAAAUUGAUGACAAAGCUGUACAGAUAGAGAUAAUAGAAGACAGAGAGGUUGAAAGGAAAUAAAAAUGCAUGAUUAAAUAGAAGAAUUUUUUUAAAAACCUAUUUUUGUGCUUCCUAAAGAAACUGUUUAUUCCACAGACCGAGUAGGUAGACAGCGCAUAAAGAUUUCCCUAGCAGGAGACAUAGAGCAGAGUUUUAUAACGCUGCCGUUUUCUGUACGUUGUGGUAGGUCCAGGAAAUAAGGCACCUUCCCCCUUGAUAUGUAGUUGCUGUAGGGGGGGAGCAUUUUGUCUGUUUGUCUGGUGGCAGUCGGUGGUAGCAGGGAGUAGCAGGGGGUGGCUUGAAACUGGUUUUACCAAAUAUUAAGGGGACAUAUUGUGUCGUGCUUUUCACAUUACAAAAUGUUUGUAUUUACCAGUAGAGCACUGGGCUUUCUAAAGGCUGCAUUUAGAAUCACACUGCACCGUCCACUUUCCUAAAAAGCUGCUACAUGACCAGACAGGUAAUUCCCAUGGUUCUGGAGAAACAAAAUAGAAUAAGCCAAGCAAACAACAAACAUAAAAACUAAAUAGCAAAUGAAUAAAAGCCUAUUCUUUUAAUUUACUCAAGUUUUGCCAAACCCCUACCAACUGUUUGAUCUUCAAGUAAAUGUGUACUAGCCAAGAGAAUGAUGUCCCCAGAGCAAGAACCUCGCAUUCUUGACUGGGCAGCAGUUUGCUCAGUGAUCGUGAACGAGUCACCAGAUUGCCUCUCCACUUGUCUCAGAAUCUCCAGCUGAAAAAUGGGGGCACUACCACUUACCUACCUCACAGCGGGAUGGCAGGGGUUGGUGAGGCCCUGAGGCUCUAAAGGGGCUGUGGCAAUCUGUGAGAGCCGAAGCGUGACGCAGAGGCCAUGGGUUACUUUUCAAGGAUGCACAGGCCCACUGGCCAUUCAAGAAAGACAGGGCAUGCUGGUUUGAUAGCUCAAGGAACAAAGCUGGAAUUCCUGGAUUUUAUAAUCCACCUUAAGAGAGAGGCUUGUUUUGGGGAGUAUUUCAUUCAUAGGUGAAUUGGAUUUUCCCCCUUACUCUGACCUUGACCAGUUCUAUAAUUCGGUUAAAAGCCAAUUACUUCCUACAGUGUAGAAAUCAGUUCACUGUUGUCUGUUCAAGGCUUAUGGGCCAUUUCCAAUGUUACACAGGAAGGGAGUCCCUAAAAAUCUCUUCUUCUCAGACUUAAUAUUCCACAUCGAGUGUUCCAUGAAAAGAAAUACGGCAUUCUGAGUGAAAACAACUCGGCGCUUCUUAAACUAACACACCAGCAGUCAGUGAGGAGAAUUUUGAACAAUUCUUGAUUUGCUUUCUUGGGUCUCUAUAAUCAAUAACCUGUCCGCAGAUAUCUAUCUAUAUAAAGAUAUUAUAUAUAAAUACAAAUUUACAUAUAUAUGCACAUGUAUAUAUAGUUGUACAUAUAUGUGUGUAUAUAUAUACUUAAAUGUAAUAUUUACAAAAUAAAACUGUGAUCUCGUCUAGAGAAAAUGUAUUCAUAUUACCAACCGUUCUUCCAUAUUUAUGUAUCAUAUACCUUUUUAUUACUGUUAUAAUUGUUAUGGGUAUUUCUAAUUAUUAUGAUGUUGAAAUCUGUUUGGUACCUUCUGGAAACCACCAAAAAAUGACUCUCCAUUGAAGUGCUUAAAAUCUGUUCUCAUGAGAAUUCUACUGGCUUACUAUAAAAAAAAAGAAAACAGUCUAAACACCAAAAACAAAACACAAUUCCAAUCCUUUCUCUGUACCUCACACGCAUAAAUUUGCUGCUCCUAUUUUGGGUUUUAUUUUUUUUCCUGUUUAUGUGUUUUUAUGGAUCUAAGUUAAAUCUUCCAGCAAUAUAUAAAAAUGUAAAUAGUAAACUUUAUUUAUUAAGAAUGUCAUCUUUUUUAAUUUAUAUUUACACAGUUGUUCAUCUAAUUUAUUUUUUCUAUAUGGUUUUAAAUUCUCAAGACAUAUUUUGCUGUUCAUAAUAUUUUUAUCCUAUUCUCAUGGAUUUGUUUUCCCAUACUGUUUUCUCUGGCCUCAGUUACAGGUUGGAUCUCACACACACAAAUAAUGUCAAAGACAGAAAUAUUUUGCCACUGUUGAUGACUAUACCUUAAAAUUCUAUAUUAUGAAAAUAUAUAAUAGCUUGUAUGCUUCAA